AUGGCCGGAGUGGGAGAACCUCUUCCUUUGAACAGAGCUCAAAGCCAUGCUAUGUUACCAUACAACAACACAAUCGUCUCGUCACAUGAACCAGCAGCUGCAGCGGCCGAUCAUCAUCAGUUGCACUUUCAACUAACUCACGGCAUAAAGGACGAACGUUCCCCGACACCAGGAACAAUCAGUACUCAGUAUUCCCAUUACGCUAUGGUAUACAGCAACGACGACGGCAACAUCGCUUUUGAAACCUCUCCAUCACUUGCAGACUCGGUAAAUGUUUUAUUCACACCUGAGCUUCAAGAGAGGUUCGCACAGAUCGUGUCAUUUCGAACCCCUACAAUAUCCAUGUUACCAGGCCCAGAUCGAACCCGGCGCAUGUCUACUUUCCCUGGUGCUAGGGGAAGAACACGGCAUGGGAUGCCUUGGAGCCCUAUCAACGGGAAUUCGGCAUCAUUGAUACACUGGCAGCUCAGUCAGAACCGGCACCAAAGGCAGCAUGGUAGGAGGCGAGGUGUGGGGUAUCCAUACGCUAUCACUGAUCAGGGAGGCGACGCCUUAACCUUGCCUCCGUCAGGAUGUGUCAUUAGAGUCGACGAUGAGCAGCGGUUGAAGAAGUAUUAUGAAAAGGCGUUCGAGGCAUUCCAGCAAUUGAACUGCCGAAUCAUCGCCAAGGCUUUCAUCAAGCUUGUCGAGCCCCGGAAGCAGGUCAACUAUCCGUACAAUGGCCGACGGUCUAGCCCUGGAGCUGAUCCCGAAAUCCAGCCUGACCCCGAAAUGACGAAACCGCCGUGGUGGCCGGCCGGGGUCAAACACAAGGAGCCUGACCACUUGCUGAAAGGAGAGAGAAUCAAGCUGCUAGUCCAUCUCCUUCGAAACCUGGGACACAGCCAUGAUAUCACGGCAGAGAAACUGCGAGAAGCCGGCCAAGACGUGCGCCGAUCGAUCAGCCCUCCGGAGCGCCUGCAAAUUUUGGACGAGGUAUACAGCGUCAGACAUAUGGAGGAAAGGUACCUGAGGGGCGAUAUCUCCGCAGAUGUGUUGAUUCCCAUUGCCCAAGUGCACUUGACUGGCCCCGAGUUUGAUACAGAUGCGAUGAGCCCUGAAGACUCGACGAGCAGAGUUGGAGAUGACUCGUGGAUGGCGGGGUCGUACUCGUCGAGCAGCGAGGGCAGGCGCGAUUCCACCAGGACGCCGGACAGUCAUGUGCCCUUCAACAACCAUAACCCGAUGGGCCAGUCGCAGCAGUUCAGCCUGACACUCCCCAACUCCCCAAACACGUCGUCGACUCCUGCAAGCUCCUUUGAUAGCUCCACGACGUACAGUCCCCGUGAGUAUACCAGCAGCGCUGCCUCGAGCGUGAUGUCGCAAGAGCCCUCCAGCCACCCGGUUGGCACCCUGCACCAACCUCAGCGCCCUGACCUGACCAGCUACCUGACACAGCCAAUGAUGGCCCCAGUCUCAGGUCCUGCUACGACAAACGUCCUAUGGAACUCCUCUAUUCACGCCCCAGUACCUCCAUAUCAGCAUCCCUACUGA